AUGGCAGAAGCUUCAAACGCUGAGUUGUUGGAAUGGGCAAAGAAGGACAAGCGUCGUUUCCUCCAUGUUGUGUACCGUGUUGGUGAUCUUGAUCGCACCAUUGAGUUUUACACUGAGUGCUUUGGUAUGAAGCUGUUGAGGAAAAGAGAUGUCCCGGAGGAGAAGUAUUCUAAUGCUUUCCUUGGUUUUGGACCUGAGACAUCCAACUUCGUUGUGGAGCUGACAUAUAAUUAUGGUGUUAGCUCGUAUGAUAUUGGAACUGGAUUUGGGCAUUUCGCCAUCUCAACUCAAGAUGUUUCGAAAAUGGUUGAGACAGUCCGUGCCAAGGGCGGGAAUGUGACUAGGGAGCCAGGUCCAGUGAAAGGUGGAGGCAGUGUCAUUGCCUUUGUGAAGGACCCUGAUGGUUACGCUUUCGAGCUCAUCCAGAGAGGUCCAACCCCUGAACCACUCUGCCAAGUCAUGCUUCGUGUUGGUGAUCUCGACCGAUCCAUCAAGUUCUAUGAAAAGGCCCUUGGGAUGAGACUCUUGAGAAAGAUCGAGAGACCUGAAUACAAGUACACUAUAGGGAUGAUGGGAUAUGCUGAGGAGUACGAGUCGGUAGUUUUGGAGCUGACCUAUAACUACGGCGUGACUGAGUACACAAAGGGAAAUGCAUAUGCGCAGAUUGCAAUAGGCACCGAUGAUGUGUACAAAAGCGGAGAAGUUGUGAAGAUAGUCAACAAAGAGCUUGGAGGGAAGAUCACUAGAGAAGCCGGACCUCUUCCUGGACUCGGCACCAAGAUCGUCUCAUUCCUCGAUCCAGAUAGCUGGAAAACGGUUCUGGUAGACAACAAAGAUUUUCUCAAGGAACUUGAAUGA